GAGUCCAGGGACCUUAUAGAUGAAAUAUUCCGAAUCCAUACGAAAAGUAAUUUUUGUAAUUCUCUACUUUAUAAAGUUUUGAAAUUAUAUUUUAACAACCGAGGUAUACAUAUACAUACCACCGCGUAUCUCGAGUACUAACUGUAUUUGACAGUUGAUUUGUUUGUAAACAUUAAACUCGAAGCACAUUCACAGGCGGAGCGCGUAUCUGAAAUAGUUGUACAAAGAAAUAAAUGAAAACCAGAUGAUAAAAACUAGUUUUUACAAUAUCCUUAUUCUAUUAUGUCUAUCGCUAGUGAUCUAUUACAGUCUUAAUGUGUAUUUCAUUAAUAAUCUACAAUCAGCUGUGCCGCAAGAUGGCAUUAACAUGGUUGGGCACGAUGCGUUAGAGUUUGCUGCGGCAGGAACAAAACCAAUACUGAACAAUACUCAAACAACCAAACCACGCUCGGUGCAAAAUGCAAUAAUACGCAAAGUCACAGCUUUGAAACCGGUGUUUCGAAACAAAAAUCCAAAAUAUUUUGGAAUAAAGCAGAACCUUAUCAACUGCUUUCUUCCGAAAGCGUACAACUUAACCAGUGUGUGGAAAAUUGCUAACUCGUGGCCCAAAGUGAACGAAGUGUUUCCUGCGAAGGAUAAAUCGAUCGGAGCGGUCGUAAAUGCAAUGAGCAAUGAGUCUAUUCAUAGGCUUAAAAAUUCACGCAGAGGAACACAGUUGAAGCUGGUACUAGAACUCACUGGUUCGCAAUUUGUACUGUUUAAACCGAGCUGGUAUACACGUGAAGAUAUCAUAAAUGGCACCGUAUACUCAGGCAAAGAUAGACACAACUCCGAAAUUGUUAGCUUUCAUUUAGCUGCCAUAUUAAACCUCCGAUACACACCGAUUGUUGCUGGGCGGAAAAUUUCACUUCGUAAUAAUUUAAUAUAUGCAGACGAUGACCUUCGCCAGACGAUGCCAGUUAUCAACAAUCAGCAGUGUGCCUAUGGUGUUUGCCAUUACUGUAAAAGCGAUGAAACGGUAUGCGAUGAUCCAGCAACCGGCACCCUUGAGGGAGCAGUUUUGCUUACCAUUCCGGGAAAGAUAUCAAAGUACAGGUCGCCGUGGCAACGCACGUACAAGGAUCAGCUGAAAGCCGAAUGGGAAAAGAACGAUAAUUAUUGUGCACUAAUACGCAAACAGCUGCAGUUUGAUGUACUGCUGGAUCUGAUAGAUGCGGCUAUAUUUGAUUUUCUCAUUCAAAACGGCGAUAGGCACCAUUACGAAACGCGAGAAAAUCGGGUAUUGUUGCUGGACAAUGGUAAAGGGUUUGGCAAUCCAUUCGUAGAUCAUAUAGAUAUUCUUGCCCCGUUGUAUCAGUGUUGCUUCAUUCGGCGCACAACAUGGGAAAGAUUGUUAAUAUUCUCUGGUGGAGCACUUACCGAAACGCUUGAGGAGCUAAACAAAUUAGAUCUACUGUAUCCACUAGUCAUCAAGGAACAUUACACCGCUCUUGAAAGACGGUUACUUUACAUUUACAGUACGGUCGAAUUAUGUAAAGAAAAAUUUGGUAAUAAAAUAUUUAAAUAAUUUUAUUACAGUCAUA